GGCCAGGAUAACCCGACGUGCCCCUCCGUCUCCCUCAGCCAGCGUCCACUCGCAUCGUCGUCGUCGUGUCGUCCUCCUCCCCGAUUAAUCAAUCCACCGAUAAGCCGAGCAAAUCAGCAGCAACCGCCGCAGUAUAAAUCGGCCCGGGCCUCGAGCCCUCCGCAUCGCGCUCCGAUCAGCUAACCCUAGCGGCGAGACCCGCACCGCCCCAGCGUUCGGCCCGGCAUGGGCUAGGGUUUCCCGGCGAUGGAGUGGGACAGCGACUCCGACGAGGAGGAGGAGGAGGAAGAGGCGGUCCAGGCGGGGCCUGGGGAUGUGUCCCCGGGGUUCUCUCUGGCCAUCGAAGGCGUGCUGGGCGCGUGCGGGAUGGUGGUCUCCGACGCGCUGGAGCCCGAUUUCCCCAUCAUCUACGUCAACCGCGGCUUCGAGGACGCCACCGGGUACCGCGCGGAGGAGGUGCUCGGGAGGAACUGCCGGUUUUUACAAUGCAGAGGACCAUUUGCCCAGAGGAGACAUCCCCUUGUUGAUGCUGCAGUAGUUACUGGGAUUCGGAUAUGUUUAGAGAAAGGGAUAGAGUUCCAGGGUGAUCUGUUGAAUUUUAGAAAAGAUGGUUCUCCAUACAUGGCGAGGCUGCAAUUAACACCCAUUUACGGCGAUGAUGAAACAAUAACACACUAUAUGGGCAUUCAGUUCUUCAAUGAUUCUAAUGUUGAUUUGGGGCCAUCGCCAGACUCUGUAACAAAGGAACUUGCAAGAUCGACAUGGAUUGCACCAGAUAACACUCCCCAACCAACUUCAGUGGGCAAGGGUAACUCCUGGGAACAUUCCAAUCUCUUCCUACUGAGUGAGGAGGUGCUGUGCCAGAAGAUCUUGUCAAGACUGUCGCCCAGAGAUAUAGCAUCUGUAAACUCUGUUUGUAAGCGACUGUAUCACAUCACAAAGAAUGAAGACCUUUGGAGGAUGGUUUGUCAGAAUGCAUGGGGCAGUGCGGCUACUAGGGCCCUUGAGAUUGUGGCUGGAUCAAGAAGUUUGGCAUGGGGACGGCUAGCACGAGAGUUGACCACCCUGGAAGCUGUUGCCUGGAGGAAAUUGACAGUUGGGGGUGCAGUGGAGCCAUCUCGCUGCAACUUCAGUGCUUGUGCUGUAGGGAACCGUGUUGUCCUUUUUGGUGGAGAAGGUGUCAACAUGCAGCCAAUGAAUGAUACAUUUGUGCUGGAUUUGAAUGCCAGCAAGCCAGAAUGGAGGCACAUCAAUGUGAGCUCAGCUCCUCCUGGUCGCUGGGGCCAUACCCUAUCAUGCCUAAAUGGAUCACGAUUGGUUUUGUUUGGUGGCUGUGGGGGGCAGGGGCUACUCAAUGAUGUGUUCAUUUUGGAUCUGGAUGCACAGCAUCCAACUUGGUGUGAGAUUCCUGGCCUUGCACCACCAGUUCCACGGUCAUGGCAUAGCUCUUGCACAUUGGAUGGAACAAAGCUGGUGGUUUCCGGUGGCUGUGCCGACUCUGGUGUGCUACUCUGCGAUACUUACCUUCUAGAUGUAACAAUGGAAAAGCCUGUUUGGAGGGAGAUACCUGCAUCUUGGACUCCACCUUCUAGAUUGGGGCACUCACUCUCUGUCUAUGAUGGAAGGAAAAUUCUGAUGUUUGGUGGUCUUGCUAAAAGUGGUCCUCUACGACUCAGGUCUAAUGAUGUAUUCACAUCGGAUUUAAGUGAAGGUAAGCCAUGCUGGCGGUGCAUCACUGGCAGUGGGAUGCCAGGAGCUGGUAAUCCUGCUGGAGUUGGCCCACCUCCUCGCCUUGAUCAUGUUGCCGUGAGCCUUCCUGGAGGGAGAAUUGUGAUAUUUGGCGGGUCUGUGGCAGGUCUUCACUCUGCUUCACAGCUUUUCCACCUGGAUCCAACUGAAGAGAAGCCUACCUGGAGGAUUCUGAAUGUUCCAGGGCGCCCUCCACGGUUUGCCUGGGGGCACAGCACUUGUGUCGUGGGAGGGACAAAGGCAAUAGUUCUUGGAGGACAAACUGGAGAAGAGUGGACGCUAACUGAAAUAUAUGAGCUUUCUCUGACAAGCUCCUUGGUUUGAAGAGGGGAAGCCGCCCCGCCCAAGCCUCCAGCUUUCUAGAAGCGACUGAAGCCUAAAAUUUUCGCAAGUGCGGCCUCAGAAAUUGGGGCAGAUACUCUCUUAUCAGGGUAUUGUGUAUGCUUGGAACGAGAUGCCUACCCCAAAGUGGAUCGAACCUGGUUUACUUAUGCAAUGUCUCGGAGUUGCCUCGCCUCAUGAAGUAGGAAUAAGUUACCAGUGCUGUUGUUUGUUUGGUCCACUAAGAUACAAUAAUUAUCAUCCAUAGGCUAAUCUCAGUUCUCACCAGAUGUUUCCUGCACUCUAGAGAAACCAAAGGGCCCGGCGUUAUAUAAAUGGAAUUCCUGGCGCAACACGCACACGGUGCACUCCUGGCGCAACACGCACACGGCGCGUUUCGAUGGCGGGCCUGUGACACCGCCCUUGGUGACGUGAAAUGAUGUUGUGUUGUUCUGAUUUUGAUCCAUCACUUGCUCCUUUCCGGAGAAUCUGUAACACUGCCUCACUGUUUGUGUUCAAUUUUCCUUUCAGUACUUUGUAUUUAUAGCGGUAUUGAUAGAACUAUUCAUCUUGUUUACCAAACAUGGAAGCACAAUAAUUUCAUCUAGCAGCAAUUUGUGUA